AUGGAUAGUGAGACUAUCCAACUUGAGGGAACGCUGAAAGGCUUCGAUGUGGCUGGAGAAUCUAUCCUUCCCAGUGGUGAUAAGUGGGAACUCAUCCCUACAACGACGAUCAGAGAGGUCGUUGACGAAGUCCAGGCCUCCAAUGUGGACUUCGGCGUUAUCCCCUUCGAGAACUCAACCCAUGGCACCGUCAGCUUCACCCUCGACUGUCUUGCCGACCGCGCCUCUACCUACCCCAACAUCACCAUCUGCGGCGAAGCCUACCUAGACGUCCACCAUUUUCUCCUAGGCCGGAGAAAGUCUUCCCUACUACCUAACGUUGACCAAAACGCAAAGGGGACGCCCCUAACUUCCCUCUCCCACGUCAAACGCGUCUACUCUCACCCCCAAGCCUUCGGCCAAACCGCCAAGUUCUUCGCCACCUACCUCAAGGGCGUCGAGACCAUCGAGGUCUCCUCCACUAGCAAAGCUGCCGAGCUCGCUGCUGCUGACGCCACCGGCUCGAGCGCUGCUGUAGCGGGUGAAGUAGCUGGCGAGAUGGCCGGCCUGGAUGUUCUUGCGCGCUGCAUUGAAGACCGCGAAGACAACACGACCCGCUUCUUUGUACUGCGCAGACGGCCCUGCAGUAGCCGCAGCGACGACGGUGUCGAGCAGGAGGUGCAGCUGCCUGAGGGAUUGCCGUGGACCACGGACCGAGUAGAGUCUCUGCUUGAGUCUCCAACCUCAGGAUCGCCCCGUUCUCUGUCGCCUCGUCCCUCUUCGUCGGUUUCUGGCAGCAGCGGCGGGAGGAAUGAUGAUACGGACAAGAUUGACGCUUACAAGGGCUUGUAUAAGUCUAUGGUCUCGUUCACGGUGCCGCAUCAUACGCCUGGCGCGCUGGCGGAUGUCUUGGGGUGCUUCAAGCGGAGAGGACUGAACCUGACGAGCAUCAAUAGCUUGCCGAGUCUGAUUGCACCGUUUCAGUAUCUCUUCUUUAUCGAGUUUGAGGGUAACCGGUGGGAUGAUCCGGAGGGGAGGGUGAGUGGGUUGGUUGGGGAUGUGGAGUGGGUUGAGGGCGUGGCGGAACGGUGGAGGUGGUUGGGUAGUUGGUUGAAUCAGAGGAGGAGGUAA